AGGACAAGUACUUCUACGAGUUUCAGUUUCAGGCAGACCAAUGCCAACCGCUACAUCGACAACGACGACUACGGCGAAGACGACAGCCUCGACAGCGGGCAUACCGCCUCUGAAAAUGUCGAGCAAAGUGUCGCUGAACACGGAGGCAACACUACAAUCACUGUAUAACCGUGCGGCAAGAGCUUUCCUCCACCGAGACAUCACAGUCACAUUCACCUUGUUGAAUUCUGCAUUCGCACUCCUACAACCUCCUCUAGAGCCCUCGCCUGACCCCCUAGAUGCACAUCGGAGAAAGUGGGAUAUCCUCCGCAUUACCCUCGAGACUACCGUGUUCUCUUCAUCCCCAGACCUCGCUACUUUACCAAAACCACUCCGAGAAACCCUACUAUUGUCCCCCCAGUCGUUUAUAUCGACUUUGUAUGCUCGAUCACUCACAUUGUUUACUCCUUCAUCCCUUCCUCGAAAACCUAGCUCCGCGUUCCUUCCGCACCAAGUCUUGAUCACACUCGUCGCAUCCACACUCAAGAUAGAUUGCCCAGAUAUCGGUCGCGAGAUAACAGAGGACUGGUUGUCGAAACGCGGUCAAUAUGACUUCGUACCUUCCACAGGGGAACCAUACCACAAAGUCCUGGAACUCUACUGCUUGCACGUCUUGCCGCGUUUAAGCGAGUGGGAGUAUGUCAGAGAAUUUCUAUCAUACGAGAACGAACUGCCAUAUGAUACAAAACGCGAACUAAAUUUGGCGCUCGAGGCUCAUCGUGCUCAAGCGCAAGAGAGUACAAGGCGAGAGACGCCAAAACCCGAGACUCUUUCUUCCCUUUCCCUUCCAGCAAUACCCCCACCCCGUUCUCCAUCCCCCGCCUCUUCCUCCUCGUCUCUCUCCACCACAUCCACCCGCACCGCAGUCCCAGCAUCCACCCGUCCAAAAAUCACCCGCCAACAAUCCACAUCUUCCACAUCUGCAGUUUCAGACGUCACCGUAACCAAAUACCCGCGCCACCGCCACGACCAAAGCACACCCAGAGGAAGUUCAAGCACGAGCCGUGUUCGCAACUCUCGCAUCUCCCGCGUUCUAUCAGUCGACAAUAGUCUCGCCACCGCACGGCCCCCAACGUCUUUCGCACUCAUUCGGUCUUAUUUCAGACAAUGUUUCACAGCUAACAGAAUAGCCACGUUAUUCGUUUUUUUCUUCAUAAUUCCUCUUCUGUCUUUGAUCAUCCAGAGGCGGCGGCGGCGCAUUGAAAUGCCUGCAGACCAGGUACGGAGGAGAUUAUUGCAAGUGCGUGGUGAUUCUAUCGCGAGACGAGUAUGGAACGAGUUGGCGAGGGCGGUUUUAGAUACCGUUAGGAUGGGUGGUGGGGGACUUGUAUAGUAUUUAGAAUCGAGUUGCACUCGUGCAUUUACAGUUACGUUUUUGGAGUCGAUCUAACCUACAUCGUCAUUAUCUUGCGUUUUCCGCUGUAAGCAUCAGAAUAUCAAA